UGCGAUCGUCAGCUGUAUGAACCCACUGUAGAUCUUGGCCAAGGAUUGGUGUUCUGGAAUCUGAUGCUCUUCCCAGACCAAAUUGCCAACAGUGCAGCAAUGACCCGGCAAACUGCCACUAUCCCGAGCAGAGCAGACGCUCGCCUAGCAGAAACAGAGCAUGCUCUACAUCGCCUUCUCCAAUAUAUUGACGAAGGCACAUUCUAUCCUUCGAACCUCGCACACACCCCUGACCAAAGUAAAGCCGACAGGGUCAAGGAAUGGGACAGCUUUCCCUUGGAAUCUAUGAUGGACAUCAGGAGAUGGCAUGAGCAGCAUGUUGGAACAGCAACCCCAGCAAGUGGUACUCAUAGCUCGCAGCAAAACCUGUCACCCCAUGAUGUGGCCUGGCAGCCCGGCCACUAUAGUCAGAGUCAGGGCCCUGACCUGAGCCCAGCUUCAUCCUUCAAUCACGCGCCAAACCUGGCCUCUCAAAGUGAAGUAAUAGGGCCACCUGUUGACUUGAAUCCAGCCCCCGCGACACUAAUCGACCCAUCGUGGGGAAACACUCCGCAGGCUUCGGAGGGCAAGGCGAAAGAACUGAGCAAAAAUCGACCCAAUUUGUACUUUUAG